AUGGGCAGUCGCGCAGCGGUCAAAUCGAUGGAUGACUUUGAUGCGUGUGUGGGCGUACGCGCAUGGAUAACAGUUUGUUUAUUGAUGAUGGCAGACAAGGAUCAGUUGAUAUCGCAGAAGGCGUCAUCAGAUGCUGACAGUAACAGUAAUAACGGUUCGUUGUUCAGCCACCGUUAUCCAGAUGAAACGUUGUCAAGUAGUAGUGGAUCGAAGGAAAAUACGCAAUUAUUAUUGAAUAAUGAAAGUUCAUUGAGCCCGAAAUUACAAUCACAUGGAGCGGAAACGAUUCCGACUGUACGACGUUGCCGACGUUUUAACGACGCUUUUCCGGAAGGUCUUAAAUUUCAGCCGAAAAUGACACGUGAAGAUUCAAUUGACUUGUCCACCAAUGAAGAAAAAUCGAAUUCUGACGAUGAAUGGUUUAUCCAGAAAAUCAAUCCGAAAAGCGGAACUCAUUCGACUGAUGGGAAUAAAAACUCCGAAAACUCUCAGGCUUCACGAAGUACAACACGUGAAGAUGUACAAAAAUGUAUGAUGAAGCGCUUGGUAGAAAUGCGUCUAAGAAACCAGGAGAAACGAAAAGCGAUGUACGCUGCUGAUAACGAAAUUAUGUUCGAUGAAUCGAAAUCGAUGGAAAUUGAUUUAUCCGGACGAAUCGGUGAAGAGAGCAAAGCGAAACCGAAUUCUGGAGAAACUCUACAAAAAAGUAGUAUGGCCAUAGAAGUAGAAGAUGAGAAAGCCAAGUUUGGUUUGAUACAAGACGAAGAAGAUGGAGAUCGGCAAAAAGAUUUGUUGGUGUCAAGAGAGGAAACUUGCGAAAAUCUGAUGAAACACGAAGAUCAUAAGAGUUAUUUACCAGGCAGUGAAACAGAAUCAUCUGACUUAUCGGACGAAACAGAAUCGGAAUACGGAAGUUCAAGUCUGGUGGAUGACCUGCUGAGUGAUGUUGCAGACAAUUGCUCUGGCAGUUUCGAUUAUCCUGAAGAGAAGUUUCCAAAGCUUUUGAAAAAAACGGUUCUGUGGUUGUUGAUGGCAUAUGCUUUAAAAGAUUUGAAGUACUUGACAAUAAUUAUGGUUUUGCAAAGGCCGCCGGAAUACUACAGUAGCGAGGAAUAUUAUCGAUUAGUACGAAAGCGACGUCGGAAGCACCGAUUGAUACUCUCAACCAGAUUUUAUGACGAAGAAAGUAUAAAGGCAUGGCGGCGUAGUGGGAGAUUGCUAAAAAAAGUUAAACGAAUAUUGCUUGAUGAGGAUGAAGAGGAUGAUGAAGCUUUCAAUACCUCAGACCACAAUGAAGAAAGUGACUCUGAUGUGUUAGACGAAAAUGAUAAGCGCGAAGUUAAUAAUAAGAGACGUCUAUUUGUUGACGAUGAUUAUAAGAGAGACGAAAUUGAGCCAAGCAAUGAAGAAAAUGACGACGAGGAUCAGCGGGUUAAAGGUAUCGAGGAAGCAGAAUCCAAUGAUGAAUUGGAACAAGUCCGUAAACUGCAGAUUACACAGAAGCGACAAAAGAAAUCCGAGUAUAUCGAGGAAGAGGCUUCACUUUCAGGCGAAGACGUUGGAAGUGAUGAAAGUGAUGAAGAACAAAUGAAUGUUUAUGAGGCUGAGGAAGGAGAUAAUGAUGAACUUCCAGAUGAUGAAACCAUCAGAGAACAACUUCAUAAGCAAUGGGUAAAACAGCAACGAGAUGAGGAAGAGAGGAAGUUGUUGUAUUGGAAAGAUCAGCUUCAUGUUGAUGGCGAUGUCACGGACGAAACAGAUCGUACUUUCCGCUUUAAAUUACGUCUAGCGAAAAGUGAUAAUGUCGAUGAAAAAAUUGAUAACGUAACUGUUGAUGCAGAAAAUGUUGAAGUUGAUGACGACGAGCUGUAUAAGAGACGUCGGGAAAUAUCAAAAUGGAAGAUGGAAGAAAGGAAAGGUGAAUUACUUGCUGAAAGUACUUCAGUGAAGGAAACAAAUCCAUUGUUGAAGGCUGCCUUAAAAGUCAUUGAUAAAGGAAGUCUGGACGGAAACAGUCAAUCGCACGAAACGGCAGGCUCUUCGCUUUCUAAGAAUUCUCUUUUGCACCACUGCAAAUCCUUACCUCAGGUGUUGAAUGAGACUAAAACCACGCUAUAUACAAAAUCUGCAGAUGCUGAUAGUGCACAAACAGAUGAAUACACCGAGGUAUUGCAUUCCCAACUCUCACCAGCACGAACCACAGAGGACCCACAUUUUGCAAGGAUAUUUCAUUGA